AUGGAUGAAAAUUUGAGGAGGGCUGCUCGAGAAGGAAAUGUUGAUGAAUUAUACGCAUCAAUCCAAAGAAAUUCUAAUGUUUUGAGGCGUAUUGAUGGGAGAGACUUUGCUGACACUCCAUUAAACAUAGCAGCAGCAGAAGGGUGCAUUGAUUUUGCAAUGGAGAUAAUGACUUUAAAGCCUACAUUUGCUAGGAAGCUAAACCAACAAGGCUUUAGUCCCAUUCAUCUUGCAGUGGAAAGGGGACAUAAAGAACUGGUGCUACUUCUCUUGGAAAAAGAUAAAGAUCUUGUUCGUAUCAAAGGGAAGAAGGGUGAGACUCCACUGCACUACGCAAUAUCCAUAGAAGAAAACCUUGAUCUCAUAGCCAGAUUUUUGGAGUACUCAAGCUCCUAUGCGGGAUGGCUUAGGAGGUCUGACUGUCGUGAGGAUGCGGUGAAUCAGAAAGACAUAAAUGGCGACACUGCCUUACACAUAGCUGCACGUAAUAAUCAACAUGAGAUGCUCAAACUACUAUUGAAAUGCAAGGCUGACAAGCAUGCGACCAAUCAGGAUGGAUCAACGGCACUGAAUGUUGCACAACAACUUAAUAACAAAGAAAGCAUUAGAAUUCUACGUGGUUGCUGUAUUCCAAGAGUUUCAACUUUUAAUUAUAAAUUGCAGAAACAAAUUUUCAAGUGUGUGACGAAGGCAUCGGCUGUAAUUUUUCAAGAUAUGGACAAUAUAUCAAUCGAGGACCGUAAUGCCUUGCUACUAAUUCUAGGACUGCUUUUAACAGCAACCUAUCAAGCCAGUCUUAGCCCACCUGGUAGUGUUUGGCAGGGAGACAGUUCCUCAAACUCCACUGCCAAUCUAGGAGAUGAAGAAAAGGUACCGCGGAAAUCGGUCAUGAAUGAAAUUACUUUUCUUUAUUGCUACAUUCCAACCUCUGCGGUCUUCAUAGUAACGUUUUUCCUAACAUUGGGUCUCCUUAAACCUUUUCCACGUGGUUUCAGGACUGCUCUUCAGAUACUCCUUGCAUUUCUUGCUAGAUGCUUUUAUCAAUCAAUCUUUUUCCUAGCGCCAACAGAUUUAGCAACUAUAGUUAUUAAUAUAUUUUCAGUUAUGGUUUUCGUUUUGAUGAUGUUCAUGUGUUUUGCUUAUCGGGUGUCAAGAGUUAGUGUUUUAAUUCUAGGAUGUUGGUUAUUCCCUACGGGUGCUCUGUUUAAUGGUUUUAUAGAAAAUGUAAUAGUAGGAUUUUGGUUAUUCCUUAUUCUAUACGAUGAAUUCUGGAAAGGAACAGCUUUAGUUGUAGGUCAAACAAUGUACCAUGUCCAUGUCCCCUACACAUGGAUAUUGGAUGCACAUUUAGUGUUGAAGGAUGGUCACUGCAAUUUCUUUUGGUUCAACGACAACUAG